AUGGAUACAUUCAAGCAAAAUACAGAGAACUUCUUAAAUUGGUUGGUUAAGGAUAUUAAUGUGAAGAUAUCACCUAAGAUUAAGAUUGUAGAUUUUCGAGAAAAAAAUCAAGGUCGCUGUGUUAUAGCUGUUGAUAACAUUGCAGAAAAUGAAGUGUUAUUUGAGAUAUCUAGAGAAUCAAUUUUGAAUAUUGAGACAUGUGAAUUUUCUAAAAGAUAUCCACAUGCCAAAAAAAAAUUGUAUGAUAAUGUAGGGCAUUGGGAAGGACUUAUUCUUGUGCUUCUAUACGAGUUAAGAGUAGUUGGUAAUCAUAGUAAGUGGUGGCCUUAUUUUGAGGUAUUCCCAACUAAGGAGGACAUGAAUGGAUUGAUCUACUGGAAUGAUGAAGAAUUAAAACAUUUGAAACCUUCUUUGAUUUUAAACAGAAUUGGAAAAGAAAAUGCAAAGAAAAUGUUCUCUGACAUUAAAGAAUUGAUUAAAGAAUUUAAGAUUGAAGAUGAAUCUAUGAAAUCUAUUCAAUGGGAGGAUUUUGUCUAUGUGGCCAGUGUGAUUAUGUCCUAUUCUUUUGAUGUGGAAGAUUAUGAGGAAGAAAAGGAAAGCGAAUCAGAAAAUAAUGAUGAUCAAGAAGAAGAGAUUAUAGAAGUUAUACAUGAAGGAGAAAUCACUUCGGUUCGUGAUGAUAAGAGAUUAAAAUCUAUGAUUCCAUUAGCUGAUACAUUAAAUGCAGACACCAAAAGAUGCAAUGCUAAUUUAAUAUAUGAUGAUUUAUCUUUAAAGAUGCAUGCUACUAGGUCCAUCAGUAAAGGGGAACAGGUAUAUAAUCUUUAUGGAGAGCAUCCUAAUAGUGAGAUCCUCAGAAGAUAUGGAUACGUAGAGGAAGGUGGAUCAAAAUAUGAUUUUGGUGAAGUACCCUUUUUUACUAUUGAAAAAGUAUUGCAAACACAGUUUGAAAAUAUAACUUCAAUAGAUGAUUUACUAAAAGAAAUAUGUGUCAUUAUCAAAGAAAACGAUAUCGUACAAGAAAAUCUUGAGUUUGAAGAUAUUGUAGUGGAUUCGUGUGAAUGUUACAUUGAUGGUGAUGUACCUUCAGAAUGUUCUUUGUUUUUACAAAUCUUAGUCACAUUAUUACAAAUACCAGAUAUCGAUAAGAUGGGAUCAGAAGAAUUGACAAGGUAUGUCCAAAGAGUAUCAAAAAAAUGUUUUCAGCUAUUAGCUAGUGGUAAAAUAACUAAAGAAUGUGAUAACAUAUGGAAAAUAUGCAUAGAUGAAAGACUGACCGGGUACUCUUUGGUUGAUCCAACCUUGGACACAGCAAAGUUACACACGGUCAGAGAUAAAUCUAUAUUGAGACAUUUAAUGGCUUCCGUAAUAUUAAAAUGUGAAUAUGACUCAUUAGUAGCAUGUAAAGAUGCAUUUAAUAAGAAAUUUACGGUCAUUGAAGAUAAAAAGUUAAUGAACAAUAUCCUAAAAAGAAAGAUUGAAGUCGAAUCCGACAAAUCUAAAAAGAAAAGAAGAAUUAGUAGAAGACAAAAGAAAUGA